AUGUGUCUUCCCAGUCAGGAGGGUACUGUCGUCGGCUCUGAGGAGAGGAGCAGUGCCUCUGGUUGGCGGGUCGUAAACAGCUUUUAUCGCGGAGAAGAAGUUCUUCCACUCGUUGCGGUCCGCGUAGCCUUGGAUCUCCCCAGCCUUGCGAGCCGUCCAGGUGUCCUGCAUCUCACGCAGUCGCAGUUGAAGCAGGCGGCGACAACGACAGAAUGCAGCUUUGUUGUCCUCAGUGGGGUGGUCGACGCAUGCUUUGUGAAGGCGGUUCUUCUCGGCGAGAAUGUUUCUGAUGGUGGCGUUGUUGUCGUCGAAACAGUCUUGGUGCUGGCGGCGUGCGCGACCGAGGACGGUCAGCGCCGUCGUCUCGACUGUGUCCCGCAGUUGACAUCAUCGGUUCUCCACAUAGCCGAACCUGCAGUAGACAAGCCCCACCCUGACCCCUAA